AUCCUACAGAUAUGAUAUUACUAAAAUGUGUGGUGUAAUAAAACAUAAGAAGAGGCAAGCGUGAAAGGAAUACAGGUGCAUCAAAUCAAACAACCACUUGAUAGCAGGAAGAAAAGGUGUCAGAAUGAGAGGCUUUGCUCGAUACAGAUUGCAGCGAGCAGGGUUGUUGUCCAUCGCCUUCGUGUUGGGGAUGGUCUACCAAAGUUUCUUUCCCAAGGUGGCAGAAACCGGUGUUCUGGUAAAGAGAAUCGCCAGUCAAAAACAAAUUCUAGGGUGGGAGGCGAUAACUGGAAAAAUAAAAGUUACUGAGCAAGAAGAGGGGAACGUCACUACAGUUCCACCUCGGACCAAAAUUCCGGAGAAGUUUCUAAUAGACGAGAUAGAUUUCUGUACUAAGCAGCAUCCAAAUCUGGACGUAAUAGCAUACGUACACUCCUCCAUCAGCAAGGAUGUCUUAAGAAAUGUCACCCGCACCACAUGGGCCAAUGCCACGGCACUAGGUUUGGCCCUCAAGCUUGCAGUCGUGUUUGUAGUGGGACGACCCGAGACCGAAGAAGAGGCCAUGAUUGUGCGAGAGGAGAGUCAGCGGUACCACGACAUCAUCCAG